AUGGCCUCGGCAGCACAGCCUGGCGCUGCACAACCUGGACUGCCUACCACGGGUGAACAUGAGCUCGAAGAAAUGGCAGACAAAAAGGCCAGCCUGCCCAUCGAGGAAGACGUGAUGCAGUUGGCCCGACUGGGCGAGAUUGGCGCGAUCCAGAAGUUGUUUGAUAGCGGGCGGUUCGAUGCGACGUACAAAGAUGAGCAGGGCAUAACACCGCUACAUUGGGCUGCUAUCAAUAAUCACUACGCGCUCUGCCACUUCCUCAUCCAAGCGGGCGCGCCCAUCAACGCAAAAGGCGGCGAUGCAGUCGCAACUCCUGUCCUCUGGGCGGCCAAGCGCUGCAACUACUACGUUGUCAAUCUCCUCCUCGAUCACGGCGCCGAUCCCCUGCUCACCGACGACCAAGGCUUCAACCUCCUCCACUCGGCCACUCUCGAUGGCAAUGUCUACCAACUCGUGCUGCUGCUCCACCAGGACAUACCCGUCGAUAUCCCCGAUCCACAAAGUCACACGCCCUUGAUGUGGGCAGCCUACAAAGGCUACUCGUCCUGUGUACAUCUCUUCCUCCGAUGGGGCGCAAACGUCUAUGCGACCGACGACCAGGGCUUCACUGCCCUUCACUGGGCCCUCGUCAAGGGCAGCCAGGGCUCCAUUCAGAAACUGCUCGAGUACGGCGCCGACCGGUUUGCAAAAAACAACGACGGCAAAACACCCGCUGUGACAGCAGAGGAGAUGAACACGGUACGGCAGUGGCAUCGCGCGCUCUCAGAAGCAGGCUUUGACCGCAAUGGCAACCCCAAGGCCUUUCCCAUUCCGGGCGUAAAGGACACGCGCUGGUUCCUCAGCCGCUUCAUCUUCUUCCUGCCCUUUGUCAUUGUCUUUCAGGCCUUGUUCUUGGUGAGCCAUUACCCGGCCUUUGUGGGUAUGCCGGCGGCGUUGAUUAUUGCUUAUGUUUUGCAAUUGGGAGCGCACAAACUGUUACAGUGGGGACCGUCGAAUAUGCGGAGUAUACAUCAUUCGCCUUUCUUGGCCGGCAUAUUUACUGGUACCUUAUUUUGGGUUGGGCUAGGAUGGGUCACGACAGUCAUGCCAUCGACGAUACGAACCAACUUCUUUCUGAAUCUCGUUUUUCUAGCCUUUUACGGCCUCACCUCGUUCUUCUACUUUUACACCAUGACCUCCGAUCCCGGUUUUGUGCCCAAAUCGGCGAGCAGGAGCGCUUCCAAGGCGGUCAUUGACGAGCUUAUGGAAUCACGACAAUUUGAUGAGAAGCACUUUUGCGUGAAUUGCAUGGUGCGGAAACCGCUUAGGAGCAAGCAUUGCAAGAGAUGCGAGCGCUGUGUCGCGAAGACUGAUCACCACUGCCCGUGGGUCAACAAUUGCGUUGCGAACAACAAUCAUCGACAUUUUGUGCUGUAUAUAUUAUGUUUGGAAAUUGGCAUUGUCAUGUUUGUGCAAUGUGUACUUGCUUACCUUGAGGUUGUCGAUAGCCCCAAAGAUGUGACAUGCGCCGUGCUCUCAGAUGACCUCUGCAAGAUUUACUACAAAGACCCCUUCACGAUAGUCCUCGCCAUAUGGGCUGCCUUGCAAUCAACAUGGGUUACUAUGCUGCUCUGCGUUCAGCUGCUACAGAUUGCACGCAACCUCACCACAUACGAAAGCAUGCGUGGACACUUGGACAGUCACACCCCCGCCGACGCUCUGACCUCCUUUGUCACAACAGGCGACACAAGCCAAGACGUUUCGGGCUCAGCAGGCCAUGCGCCCACCAAUGGCUUCGGCUCCGGCCAGGACAUUGGCGACAUACCCAGAAUCAAAUCACCUCGAGGCUCAGUCUGGCAGCAAUGGAAGCAGCUCCUCGGUCUGGAUACCUUCCUUACCAUUGCACUGCAGGGCUCACGCGCAGGUCAAACGCCAUUCGCCCGACCACCACCCAAGAACCCCUUCUCCAGAGGCAUCAUCACCAAUUGCAAGGAUUUCUGGUGCGAUGGCAGCCCAGUGUUUGGACGAAAGGAGGGCGGGUUUGCCAAAUUAGGGGGCGAGCGCGUGGAUUACACGAGGUUGUACGAGGUGCCAACGAUGCGAUAUCAGAGUGGAGGGGCGGGAGAGGGAGGUAGAUAUGAAAGUGUGGCUGCAGAGGAAGAGGAAUCAUGA